AUGGCACAAUUACCUCCCAAGAUUCCUAACAUGUCACCAAGUUGGCCAGAUUUUUCAACUCAUCAAAAAAACAUUAUGCCAACAUCCGUUUCAACCAACAACCUUGUCUUCAACAACAACGUUAACACAAACAGUUAUCAUCAGAAUCAAAACCCUUCAUGGGUGGACGAGUUUCUCGACUUCUCGUCCGCAAGGCGAGGAGCUCACCGUCGGUCUGUCAGCGACUCCGUUGCAUUCUUAGAAUCGCCAAUGUUCGAUGAUUGUCCCGGGAAAAAUGGUGAAAACAAUAUUAAUGAUGAUGACAACGAGUUCGACAAGUUUGAUGAUGAACAGUUUAUGUCCAUGUUCAACGAUGAAAUAUCUGGUGUACAUAAUAUGCCGCCGAUAUUGUCCUCGUCGAAUGCUUCGAGUCCUUCUGAUCAGAACUUUGUCAACAAUGAGAAUGAGAAUGAGAAUGAGAUGAUGAAUAAGGAAGAGAAGAAGGAAAGUGAUUUGAGAGAGAUGAAGAAAGAGGAAGAUGAUGAGAAGCAAUUGAAAAAUGAACCUGAGGAGGUUGAAAGUCAAUGCCAACAGGAAAAUUCACAGCCUCAAAAUAACAACAACAAUUCAUCUUCUUCUAAUGACAGAAUUACUGAUCCUAAGAGAGUCAAAAGAAUCUUGGCGAAUAGGCAAUCGGCGCAAAGAUCGCGAGUGAGGAAGCUGCAAUACAUAUCAGAGCUUGAGCGAAGUGUAACUUCAUUACAGGCCGAAGUUUCGGUGCUUUCUCCACGAGUUGCAUUUUUGGAUCAUCAACGUUUGCUUCUAAAUGUUGACAAUAGUGCUCUCAAGCAAAGAAUUGCAGCUCUUGCUCAAGACAAGAUUUUCAAAGAUGCUCAUCAAGAGGCACUGAAAAGGGAGAUAGAGAGAUUAAGACAAGUAUAUAACCAUCAAAAUCUCACAAAGAUGGAAAAUGCAACAGGUUCACCUUUACCAUCUCCAUCACAAAAGCCAUUAUGUGAUCCUCAGCCAGAAAAUGAACAACUUUUCAAUGGAAACACAUGUGCAGCAGUGGCAUCAAAAGAAAGGGUGGAAGAAACAGUUGUGUCUGCUUUAACUUAA